CUAAAUUUUCCAAGCCCGUUCCCUUGGCAUUGACAUUUUUACCAAGUCACUAUCUGCAUGUAAAUCUUUUCUAACCGUCCAGAGUGAAAUCGGCAUCCAUUCCGAGAUUCCCCACUGGAAUUUCCAUACAAUAUUGCAUCGUUCAUAACAAAUAAAGAAUUGAAGUAUUCAAGAAAAAUGACAGAAGCAAUGUUGCCUUCCAUAAAAACUCGUCAAAAUAUACUGGCUCAAGAAGGUCAGGUUUCGAGAAAAGAAUCUGAACAGACUGAAGGAAUUCAAUAUCAAUCUAAUUGUGGCGAGAAUAUCCAGAAUACUAAUCUCUCACCAGACAAUAUAAAGUUUGUAUUCUUCGACUUGGAAACUUCGGGAUUCCAUAAGUCAGCAGACAUUCUGCAGAUUGCUGCAAAAUGCGAAGAAUACAAAUUUUGCGCAUACGCGACUCCUACUCAGCCAAUUAUGCCUAAAGCGACAGAAAUCACUGGCUUGAAAAUUGUGGCAGGAGAGUUAUUUUUGGAUGACGAAAGAGUUCAGUCGAGCCCUUUGCAGAAAGUGCUACAUACUCUUGUCCCUCUUAAAAAACUCUAUCCUCAGAGAAAAGGUAAAGGGAUGUUUAAACUGUCUACUUUAGCCCAAGAUUUGUUGCAAAUAGAACUGACUGAAAAUUUCCACGAAGCAGCAUACGAUGUGGAAAUACUCGAACAAAUCGCUUCAACUAUUCCGAAAGAGAAUUUGAUUGGAAACCACAAAUCGUUCAAGGAAUCACUUGACCAUGAAACUCGACUGCAAAAGACAGCAAAACUGAAACGAUCUUUGAACAUUUUUAAAAAUGUUAUCUCCAACGGAAUGAUUAAAAAAAUAGCAGAAGCAGGGAUCAAUCGUGCAAAAUUACAAGAUAUUUAUGAAAAAAGUGGAAGAGAGGGUAUUAUUCAAUUGUUGUCGGCUAAACAAAAAGAUAAUAAACCUCGUGUCACCAAUCAAAAAAGAAUCUUAGAAAACAUUGUAGAAUUUUUAGAUACGAACCAAAGCCCAGCAAUGGUCUAAUUAUAAAACAAAAAAAAUUAUAAAUAAAUCAUUUAUUUUAACGAAUUCUGUAUUAGAGAAUUUAACGUUUUUUCUGUUAUGAAAUACAUGGUUAUAUUAUAUUUAUGAGAAAUUGUUAGCAUUGAAUGUUGACAAUAUUUAAAGAAUAUAUGUGCAAUAACAAAUACAUAUUGUGGCAGUUGUCGAGGAAGAGGAAGAGAGAAGCGAAGAGGAAACGAGGAAGAGGAAUGUUAUAAUAAGGAUUGAGAAGGAGAGGAAUCGAGUUUGGAGAAGGUGAGGGAGCUUUUUGAGGAGGGCCUGAGGGUGAAGGCGGAGGUAAGAGAGGUGAGGGUGGUAGGUUCGGUUCUGCCGAGGAAAGUGAACACCAAGAGUGAGUCUACGCAGACUAACGAAACCAGCCCGAGGAGAUAAGACUCUAGAAGCGUGAUAAUUCUGUCAGACUAUUUUAAUAUAGUUUGUAUAAAUAUAUUAAUAAAU